AUGUCCGAGGAGCACACAGUCGAAAUGGUAGGGGUCAAGCGGCCACGUCCUCCUCCAAUCACCUCCGGUAUUGCGCCAAAAGAGGUCUCCUUGGAGAACACCGCGCGUGUUAGUCCCAAAACCCCGCUGCCGUUGGCGCGGAAAUCAGCCAUGGGUUCGCCCAUCGGCUCUGUCGGCCACAGCACACAGAACACCACCCCUGGCACACCAACUGGGCAGCCGCUCAUUAGGGGAGUUCAGGGCUGCAGCCGCACCGCCAAGUGGAGCUCCCUGAUUGGCGGUGCCCUCAUGCAGGGACGGGCAAAGGAUGAGGAGUCAAUAAUCAAUGCAGUGGCGUUGCGAAUUGCAGCUGCAAUUCCCGGGGAUCGUUCCGCGGCAGCAGACGGCUUCCGCGUGCUGUUGGUAAACUUACGGGAUGCAAAGAAUAUCAAACUGCGGGAGGACAUUAUUGAGGGGCGACUGCCUGUGGAGGUGCUGGUGCGCAUGUCAGAGCGAGAUUUACUAAACCCUGAGGCGAAGAGGAACCAAGAGGCAGAGUUUUUGGAGCGAAGCAAAGACACCGACCUAACUGAAAUACGGCGGGCUAUAACCACUAAAUCGACGCUUUUUCCGUGUCCUUCAUGUAAGGCGAGGGAUUGUUCAUGGACACAGAAGCAAACACGCUCCGCAGAUGAACCCAUGACCGUAUUCUGUGUCUGCAAUGUUUGCGAACAUAAGUGGAGGCGAUAUUGA